AUGCUACGUUUUUACAGGUAUUUUAUUUUUUCCUUAUUUUUUGUUUACAUAGAUUUUAGAUAUUUUUUGUAAUGUUUAACGUUCUGGCGCUUUUGUUAGUCAUUUUUUCUAGCUUUUGAAGAUAAAAACUAUUUUAAAACGUGUUUAAGCUUUCCUACGUGUGUGUUUUAAUUUACAGAGAACAUUUACUUUGCGGUUUUAAGUACUCCAGAUGCACAUCUUGAAUUGCAAAUUUCUCAAAUCGAAGCCAAAAACUUGGCAGCAUCUUACUCCUUGACGGUACAUGAAACUUAUCAUCGAAAUAAUGAAAACCUUGUUGUUAGUUUAAAAGUCGUUAUUGAAGGUUCGGAACCAAAGUAUUAUCCGUAAGUUUUUUAGGCUUGAUGCUUUUUAGGAUGGACGCAAACUGUAUUGUAUUAAUAAACUUUGAGCUAUAGAGACGUUACUGUCAAUUCAAUAAAGAAUAAAACUGCAUUUUAGAUGUACUCAUGAACCAUGUUAUUACACAUAUUCCGAAACAGAUUACGUUACGUUAGAGCUAGUUUUGAGUGACACGAAAAAAAAUCUAGGUUAUUAUACACUGGAUGGAAUUCCGACGAAUGUGGAUUACGAUGAUGACGGUGAAUGUCAACACUUUGAAGAAAAUGCAGGACGACUUGGUCACGUUAAUUAUUGUCGCUGCGUUUCAGUUUACAAUCCUAAACCUUCACGGGGAUGUCCGCCUCCGGAAUUGCCGGAUAAAACAACAACUUCUUUUCCUCCUGUUGACACAACCACUAAGCGUUCCAUAGAAACAACAACAACUACAGUACCUUCAGGGCCAACAACAACUACUCAUCCUAUAGUGCCAACAACGACAACAACUACAGCAAAUAAUCCAACGACUACUACUACAUAUGAAUCUACUACUACAACUACUGAUAUUGUAACCACAACGACAAUAAUUAUCACUACUGCUGCACCGAUAUUUGGUAAGAGUUUAUAUGUAAGGAAAUAUGCAGUACUGAUACGGAGUUUUGGGAUUUAAAAAAUAUUUUUUUGAAAACCAUUUUUUGCAGUCUGCGAGACAGCACAAUCAGACUUGGAACAUGUUUACUGCGACGAAAAGGUAAGCUUUAGAUAAUAUCUUUAAGUUAAAUAAAAAAAUUUUUAGGACAACAUCACUGAUGAAACGGUUUAUGAUAUCGCUAACAAUACAAUCCAUAGUUUUGAUGAAAACAACUCUACUAGUCAAGACUUUAUUAUCUUGGCUGACAUUGUCUAUAGAAUAUCGGAAUUACAUAAUAUCAGCGAAGCAGUAAGGAGACCAUUUACUAUAUUCAAAUAUAUAUUCUGUGUAUAUAUACAUGUAGUAUAUAUAACUAUAUUCAAUUCCAAGUUUCUUAUAGUUAAUAGUUUUUAAAAGGCACACGUAGUUAUGCUUUAGGACUUUGACAUUAUUUACCACUUGUACGACAAGAUUCUUGGAAUACCUGAAUCAGUGAUAUUGGAAGCUAAAGCCGUAGCCUCAACGAAAGUUAUUGAAAGUGUUCAUCGACUUUUGGCUAACGCAAAUUAUGAUUUAAACUUGCUACAUGGAGCCAGAAUUGCUAUGUAUAAAAUAAUGAAGGUUGAUUGCAAUGUAAACAUUCCAGGUAUAAAUGUGAACGAUGACAAGUUUAACCUAACUAGUGAUACUGGUACUAAUAAUCCAAUGGCAUCGAUUGAGUUAAACACAAAAAUUGUUUGCGAACUAAAUCCUAAUCCAUCGGUAGUCCAGGUAGCAUUCCGUAAAAAUAGUUUAUUUAAAAACGCGGAAUACGAAAGGAAUGAUGACAGAUGUGAUGUUACAAUGAAUAUGCAUGGCUCACCGGUAAUGUCAGCAACGAUUAUUGGAACAAAUACAGGCAUGACAAACGCGCCAGUUGUGAUUAUGCGUUUCCGUAAAGGCAAUAUAAGUACUCCGUUACAUGGGUCGUUUAUUAUAACAUCAUAUGAAAACGGAGAAUGGCAAAGGAAACUAAAAUGUAAUAUAACAGAAAGCGAUGGUUAUAUUACUGGAAAAUGUCAGCACUUGACCGACUUUACGUUAUUAGUGGUAAGAUUCAGGUUACAGCGCUUACUCCGCAAAAAUUAGCUUUUGUAUAUCAUUCUACGUUAAAUACUGCGUACUAAGCAGCUUUUUAAUAUACUUUUCACUUCUCUGUGGUCAAGACAAGGUAUUUCUAUUGUUGUCAAGACAGUUAAGGUUUUACAUUAAAUUUUUAUGUCUUAGGACAGUUGUGCGGCAGACCCAUCGCUAUGUGAUCCAGUAUUGCGAGCGAUUGGCUUUGUUACUACUGUUGGAUCUACAUUUAGUUUGGCAUUCUUAUUUAUCAUACAUUUGAUGAAUUUAUCACCACUUACAAGAAGAUACUCAUACAGAAUUGCUUUCUACAAGCUAAACUUUUCUUAUGUAAGGUUGCGUACUUUUAAAUUUUUUAUGCAGAGGCAAUAACGCCUUAUACGCCUUAAGUUCUAUACUUUUUUACUUCAGAUCAAUGUGGACACAGUACGAUUGUUUUAUUACUUUUUCUACUUUAUGUUUUACCUUUCUUUUACCAUUUUUGCCGAUGAAAGUGUUACUGAUGAAGAUUUUUGCUCAUUUAUUGCGGGUUUCAAUUACUUUUUGUUGUUGUGGUAAGUUAACAUUACUUUAGCUUUGACUUUUAUUUGCACCGCAUAUUAUGGUACUACUUUGUACUUUUGUUGUUAUAGUUGCAUAAUGUUUACAAUUGCUCAAUCGUGGCGUGUUUUACGGACUUGUGUGAGCGAACGGUCGAUUCAGGACAAAAUUAAACGAUGGACAAGGUCACGAAUUUUACUGCCAAGUAUUACAGGUAAUUUUAUGUAACAAGUUUUAAAAGUACUAAAGUUUUUCGAAAUUUAAUACUUGGUAAGUACUUUAUUAAAUUCUAGUGAUGGGAACUCUUGUUACACUCAUUGUUGGAUUGUCAAUGCCAAGUUUCUUCCGACGGAAAGAUGACUAGUAAGUAGAGUAUUAAAUGAUAAGCAUUACAAUGUUUGAUUUCGAACGUUUUUUAAUGCGUCUGUUUAUUCACGUUUUUAUACUUGAUGACUAAUAGCAAGUAGAAAGACCUUGUUUAUUUACAAAACAAAACUUAUUAUCGCCAAUGUAUCAUGUUAUUUUAGCUGCUGGAUCAACCCAACGUUUGUAUUUCUGGCCGUGGUGUUACCGUUAACAUUGUUAAUCCUAAAUGCGGUAUUUUGUUUGUUUAUCGUUUUUAUCACUUUGUUUGGAAACUACAAAUUUGUGGAGAAUUUGCAAAGAGCAAUGAGGUUCAAACAAGAUUUUAAUCGAAUUGAUCGACGGAAUUCGGCCAAAAAACGAGAAGUUCGAAGCAAAUUAGGAGUUUUAUUCGCUCUACAGUUUAUGAUUGGAUUGCCAUGGGUAGGUGUCCCACUAUUUUUAGGACAGUGCAAUAUGAAUGCGUUACAAAUUUUACAAAUAUAAAAUAAUCAUUAAAGGAAUGUCAUUAAAGUUGAUACUUUUAGAUCUUUCAAUAUUUAUCAUUGUUUUCGGCCCAUGCAACAGUAUCUCACUAUUUGUUUAAUUUGUCAAGUGGUUGUCAUGGAAUAUACUUAAUGUUUGAAUUUUUGAUAAGAUACUUUGGAGCGCGAGGCAAAUACCAUAAGAUUGUUACUCCGACAUCUUCGGCUUUACCUAAUACACAAUCCACAACAAUGAAGUCUAAAUCGACUUACUAAUAAGAAUAUGAAUCGACAUUAAAAAAAGAGAUUUUUUGAGAACACACGUGUAAAUAAAUAUGAAUUACAAUGAAACUCAGCUUAUAUUAACAUAAAAAUAUAUGUGAUACCUAUAAACAAAAAUUUAGUUUAAAAACGGCAAUAAAUAUACUAAACUCUUAAAACUGAAAGACGAUGAAAAAGAGUUUUGAGCAAAACGUAUUGUCACACUAAUCUCUUUCGUUCCAUUAUUUAUUCAACUUUAAAAAGGUGAGGUCUUAAACUUGGCGGAAAGUUGGGAAUGAUAAUAAUACAAUUCGACGAUUUCGUUUGAAAGGAUUUUUAUUCAUGCUUCUCAAUGGCAUUCAAUUUUUUUUCUGCUGUAAUUUUGUUGGCUUUAAUUUGUUAUGGAAAGAGCGACAAUGAUGCCUUUUUUGAUGGUAUGUUGGUUUUAAAAUUUUUAAUUUUGGUUUUUAUUUUUUGGUCAUUUUGCUAAAUAGUUUAAAGACCUUUUACAUUCUUUCGUGUUUUAUUUCUCUACAUCGUGUUGAAUUUUACAAUGUUUAGAUGAUAACUAUUUGGUUGCUUUACACGCUGACGAUUCACACCAGUAUUCACACCUUCAGUACGAAAUUUCACGAACAGAAGCUAAAGACAUGGAAGCGUCAUAUAAUGUGACAGUGCGUAAAAUUUACCAUGAAGGGAGCCAGGACUUUGUAGUUAGUCUACAAGUUUUCGGGCGUGACAGCGAGAUAAUUUUGCCGUAAGAUUUUAGAGACAUGAUGUCACUUUAAAAUGCUAGUAUAAUUGAACUAAAAUUUGUAAAAACAUUUUACAGCUGCAAUACAACACCUUGCUAUUACGUUUAUGGAAAAUCAGAUGAUGUGAAAUUUGGAUUGGUUUUAGCGAACAUAAGAAGAAGUAUCAAUCAUACCUACUUAAUACAAAUUAUUAGUUUUGAUGAUAGUAAGGAAGAAAAAUGUACAAACAAUAAAGGAAAGGACGAAGCAAUUGGAGAUGUGAAUUAUUGUCGCUGCCAUACAAAUUAUGAUCCUAAACCAAACAUCCGUUGCCCAAGUUGGGAAGAAGUUGUUGAUUCAACAACUACUUCUCUUGGUCCAACAACUACUACAAGGAAUGACAAUCCUAUAACUACUACCACCACUUACGCCUCUACUACUACUACUACUACUACUACUACUACUACUACUACCACUACUACUACUACUACUACUACCACUACUACUACUACAGAUUUGCUCUCAGAUUGCGACAAUCCACAAUCAGAUCUAGAAUAUGUUUAUUGUGAAGAAAAAGUAAGCUUUAAAAACGGAAUUACUAUUACAGAGCUGAUCUAUAUAAAAAAUAAUUUAAACUUUAAAAAAUAUAUAUUAAGGACACAAUUACUAACGACACGGUUCGAGAUGUAGCUGAGAAGACGGCUGACAGCUUUGAUGAAGAUAAAGCAACAAGUCACGACUUUACAUUGUUAACCGACAUUGUUGAUAAAAUAUCCAAAUUGGAUGGCAUUAAAGCAGAAGUAGGGCACUAUUACAAUUUUUAAUACACUUAGUGUUAAUCUGUUAACAUUCUUUGUUGUCAAGAUAAAUUGAAUGAUGAACAAUUUUUAAAUUUAAAUCGAAAUGCUCAAGUUAUCUUUCAAAGUUUUAGGACUACGAAGUCAUUUACAAACUUUUUGACAAAAGUAUUGGCAUAUCUGAAUCAGUAAUGUGGGAUGCUAAUGCUGUGCAUGAAGGUACUACACAAAAAUUCAUCACUAGUGUUGAUAAGCUUUUAACAAACGCCAACUCUAACCUAGACUUGCAAGACGGCAACAGCCUAGCCAUGUACAAAAUAAAAGAUCAUUAUUGUAGCAAAGAUGUUCCAGGAAUAUCUGUAUACGACAAUAAUUUUGGUUUUACAAAUGAUAAUGAAGAGCCAAUGGCUUCUAUUGAAUUAAACAAGGAAGUUGUUUGUCGUAAAGGGCAACAUGAUGAGAAUUUAAAAAAGGCUGGAAAGUUAGGAGAACAAGAAGAUACGAAACCAUCGUUAUACUUUGUGGCCUACCGUAAAAAUAGUUUAUUUAUAAACGAUGACUAUGACCGAUGUCGUAAUGCAAUGAUAAAGCUGGACUAUCCAGUAAUGUCAGCAAAGGUUAUUGGAAGAGAUGUAAAUAUGACUGACACUCCAGUCGCAGCUAUACGUUACCGUAAAAGUCAUGUUAGUACUCCGUUACAUGGCACUUUGGCUAUAUCAUCUUUUGAAGAUGGUGAUUGGCAAAAGGGAAGAGAAUGUAAGCUAACAGAAAGAGAUGGUUAUUAUAUUGGCGAAUGUAAUCAUUUGACCGACUUUACUAUACUCGUGGUAAGGUUUUGAUUAUAUGGUGUUUACUUUAUAAAAACGUAACUUUGAAUAUCUAGGUGGAAUAUAAUAUGCUCAUGUUAAACUUCAUUAACGUCGCACUCUUGACAAGAAGUAACAAUAAACUUUGACGUUAUAGGACGGUUGCGCGACAGAUCCAUCUUUAUGUGAUCCAGUAUUGAGAAUCAUUGGACUCGUUACUACAAUAGGAUCUACAUUAUGUUUAGCAUUUUUGUUCAUUAUACAUUUGAUGAAUUUAUCAUCAAUUACAAGGAAAUAUUCUUAUAAAAUUGGCUUAUACAAGCAAAACUUUUCAUAUGUAAGGAGUUUGUUGCGUUCAUUCUAUUUAUAAUACUGAUUUGUAUACUUACGUACGUUAAAAUUAAGUUUCUAGAUUACUGUGGACACAGUUCGAUUGUUUUACUACUUCUUCUACUUUAUGUUUUACCUUUCUUUUACCAUUUUUGCUGAUGAAACUGUUAGUGGCGAAGGUUUUUGCUCAUUCAUUGCGGGUUUCAAUUACUUUUUGUUGUUGUGGUAAGUUAACAUUACUUUAAUUUGUUUUUAUUUGCCUUGCAUGUCACUUUUCGGCACUAUUUUGAACUUUUGUUGUUAUAGUUGCAUAAUGUUUACAAUUGCUCAAUCGUGGCGUGUUUUACGAACUUGUGUGAGCGAACGAUCUAUCCAAGAUAAAAUUAAGAGAUGGACAAGAUCUCGAAUUUUACUCCCAAGUGUAACUGGUAAGCAACUAUUAAAAUUGAGCUUUUUUAGCUCAUGGAUUAUAGUAAUACAUUAAAAUUUAUUUUAAAUUUGACACGGACGAGUUGGAAAUUUAAAAACUAAAAUUUUGAAUUUUAGCGUUGGGAACGCUUAUAACACUCACUGUUGGACUAUCAGUGCCAAGUUUCUUCCGGCGGAAAGAUGACUAGUAAGUAGAUCAGUAUAAUACUCUUUCGUAAGUAGAGUAUUAAAUGAUAAGCAUUACAAUGUUUGAUUUCGAACGUUUUUUAAUGCGUCUGUUUAUUCACGUUUUUAUACUUGAUGACUAAUAGCAAGUAGAAAGACCUUGUUUAUUUACAAAACAAAACUUAUUAUCGCCAAUGUAUCAUGUUAUUUUAGCUGCUGGAUCAACCCAACGUUUGUAUUUCUGGCCGUGGUGUUACCGUUAACAUUGUUAAUCCUAAAUGCGGUAUUUUGUUUGUUUAUCGUUUUUAUCACUUUGUUUGGAAACUACAAAUUUGUGGAGAAUUUGCAAAGAGCAAUGAGGUUCAAACAAGAUUUUAAUCGAAUUGAUCGACGGAAUUCGGCCAAAAAACGAGAAGUUCGAAGCAAAUUAGGAGUUUUAUUUGCUCUACAGUUUAUGAUUGGAAUGCCAUGGGUAGGUCAGGAGUUUUGGUAAAAUGAUCGUGGUGUAUUUAUAAUUUUCGCGUCAUGACGGUGGUAUAAAUAUGUUUAAUUCAAGUUAAGUUUUUUUAGACGAUCAACAGUAUUUUUUUAGGUCUUUCAAUACUUAUCACUAUUUACGGCUCAUGCUACAGUAUCACAUUAUUUUUUCAAUUUAUCAAGUGGUUGUCAUGGCAUUUAUCUGAUGUUUGAGUUUUUGAUAAGAUACUUUGGAGCCCGAAAAAAGUACCAUAAGGUUGUUACUCCAACAUCUUCGGCCGUCCCAAGUACUCAAAUUACCACUGUUAAAACAAAGUCGAUUUUUACAGAAAAUUGAUAUUUUUAGAUAACAAUUGUAAAUAAAAGGGAUUUUGUAUGUCAAAUAUAGUUAUCUUAACAAUGUUAAUGGGUGAGAUGAAACCUAAAUGAUAUUAAUAGAUGAGACGACAGAAGUCAUAACAUACAUAUAUCAAUUUGUAAAACGACCAAAUAAAUAAGAAAUAUAAUAAAUUUAAUUUUAAGAUCUCUAAAAACAUUAACCACACAAACUGAUUGACAAUCGUAAAGUCAGUCGCAAAUCACUCUUUGCAAAACUUAUCAUUAAAACUUCUAUUGUUUAUGAUAAUGAGAGUAAAGUUUUUUUAAGUACAUAGAAAAUCAACAAAUGAUAAGGAAAGUUAUUCUCAUUAGAUUGUAGUUUAAUGGCUGCUCACUUAUGGCACACUUAUUUUGUUUUUCUGUGAUUUUAUUUAUUUUGGCUCAACUUGGUUACUGUAUUUUAUUUUCAGGUUGGUUUUUUUAAUUGUUUAUUUAUUAUUAUUAUAUAUGUGAUUUGUUGUAUUUUACUAUUAGUUUGUUUACACACUUCUGUACCUCUUAAUCGCCUAAAUUGGCGUUGACGGGGGCACAGAAUUAUGUGAGCAAUCUAAUAAAAAGUAACUGUUUACGAUACAUUAAGUAAGUUAUUGAGUUAUUCGUGCUUUUAUAUGAUUGAAUGUUUAGAAACGGACAGUUACAAUGCUGUACUACAGAUCAACGAUGGUUAUACAGAAUAUAAGAUUUACAAUACUUAUGAUGGUACCUUGGAAAAGCCUUUUCGGCUGUCAGUUUACAAGGAGAAUGAUAAUGGAAGCCAAUCUUUUUACCUAGUUUUAAGGGUUGCUGAAAACAAUGACAGUUACAAUGAUUUUCGGUAAGAUUUUGUUUUUUUAUAAUCGUAUAUGCUUUACUUUACAAUAACCUUCGUUUACUACGCAAUAGCCUAAAAUUUUAGGUGUGAAGAAAUACUGAACAAUCAAUGUGAUUAUUACUACUCGACUUCUGAUAAACCCAAAUUUCAGUUGAUUUUUAAAAACACAGAAUAUGCAAAUUACUCGCGCUUUAUUGAUGAACUAGAUUUUGAUAAAAACGAGACUUGUUUCCAAAAGAAAGAAGAGUCAAUAUUAGGAUACAUCGUUUAUUGUCGAUGUCCAGACAGUAGUAGUUCUAAACAGUAUUGCGAAGAGGUAUCGGGAACUACAACAGCUGCUGCUACUACAACGGAAUAUUGGGAUGGUGAGGUCAUCAAAAUUUAGAAAAUACUAUAAUAUACAGUCAAACCUCUUUAUUAUGACACUCAAUGGACUGGUUUAAACCUGUCCUUAUAAGUAGGAUGUCACAAUAUCCAGGUACUUUUUGAUAGGGUUUCUAUUAUAAAGGGCGGUCAAAAAGCUGUCAUUAUAAAGGUAGUGUCAUACUAUUGAGGGUCGUAUUAAAGAGGUUUCACUGUAGUCAUUUUGAAGGCUGCGACAACCCUGAAACACUAUUGGAAAAGAUUUAUUGCAAUGUGAGUAGAAUUUAUAUUGAUUUUUUGGAAUUUAGUACCAUAUAACGAUUAAACCAAGUAUAACACAUAGCUUUGCAAAGAAAAGCCAAAAAAUGACAAUACCUUGAUUUUAGACCACUAUAACGGACGAUAAUGUAGGCGAUGUUGUGAAUCAGACUAUCGAGAAUUUUAACACUUCAGCAACAAGCGAUGAAUUCUUUAUGUUAUCUGGAAUUGUCGACAGAAUAGGUGGACUGGACGAUAUUAAAUAUGAGGUAAUACUUAUUCAAUAAUUGAUACUCAAAACCAUUCAAUAGUUGAUACUCCAUAAAAGUCAUACGCUUCUGAACGCUAUAAAAACGAUAAUCUAUUGAAAUUUAUGAACAAUAGCUACUAAACAUUGAUAAAGAAAGUUGAAUAGAACACUGAUAAGUAAUUCAAAAAUCAGUAAUUGAAAAAAGCAAUGCCUUAAUAAGUUGAAAGAACUAUAGAGACUUUACGAACACAAAAAACUACAUAUUGUUUCAGGACUUUGGUAUCAUCUACAAACUCUUUGAUAAGAGUUUAGAAAUCCCGGAAGAAGUUAUGAGGGAAGCAAACACUGAACACGCUGAUUCUACUGCCAAGUUUAUCAGAAGUAUUGAUCAAAUUUUAUCAAAAUCAAAAUAUGAUUUGACAUUGAAUAAUGGUACAAGUUUAGCCAUGUUUAAAUUGCUAAAUGUGGAAUGUAGCCAAGAUAUAAUAGGUGUUUCUAUGUAUUCUGACACCUUUGAUUGGACGAGUAGUAGAGAUAAUGCAAUAGCUUCAAUUGAGUUUAACAAAGAUAUUGUUUGUGCUCAAGAAAACACUGAUGGAAAGAAUUUUAAUAUUAAAGAUGAAGGUAACAAGCCUGUGUAUUUAACUGCUUAUCGUAUAAACAGUUUGUUUAUCAGUGAUGAUGGCAACCGAUGUCGAGUAGCAUUAAACAAACAAGACAAUCCAGUGCUGUCGGGGAAGGUGAUUGAACACUCUUAUGAUGAUACCAAUACGCCAGUUGUGUUUAUAAAAUACCGUAAAAAUGAUGUGGGUAUACCUUUACACGGGUUUUUAGCUAUAACCUCAUUUGAAGGUGGUGAUUGGCAAAGAGGACGAGAAUGUAAUUUGACAGAAGAUGAUGAGUAUUAUAUUGGCGAGUGUAAUCAUUUGACUGAUUUUACUAUACUAGUGGUAAGGCUUUGAUUACAUGGUGUUUACUUUACAAAAUUAAGUCUUAAUAUCCAGGAAAGAAAGGGUCUUUUAUUACUCUAUGUUCUUAACACUACACUUGAAGUACGUCGGUUAUACGUUGGUGUACUAAGGUACUUUAUGUUUUUAAACAUGAGUUUUAUGUUAUAGGACGGUUGCGCGACAGACCCCUUGUUAUGUGACUCAUUUUUGAGGGCUAUCGGUCUUAUUACUACAAUUGGAUCUACUUUAUGUUUGGCAUUCUUAUUUAUCAUACAUUUGAUGAACUUAUCACCGUUGACACGCAGUUACUCAUACAAAAUCGCUUUCUACAAGCGGAACUUUUCUUAUGUGAGCUCAGACUUUUUUGAAAGUACAGUAAAUUUUUACAUAUAGUAAAGUUCUUUACUGACAGUAGGUAAAGUAUGAUUUGAUUUUUAGAUUACAGUCGAUUCGGUAAGGAUAUCUUAUUACUUCUUUUAUCUUGUGUUUUACUUUUUCUUUACUUUUUUUGUGGAUGAAGAUGUGUCUGGAGAAGGGUUUUGUUCAUUUGUUGCGGGUUUCAAUUACUUUUUGUUGUUAUGGUAAGUUCUUUUUUACAACCUUUGUUUUUUAUUUUGUGAUUGGUUAGUGUAUAGACUUGUGAAGAGUCCAAGUUUUUUAUCUUGGCCCACGGCCGGGCUCUAGUUCGGGCCGCGGUCUUUGUUGGGUUUACAUGAGUCGGCCGGCUCUGUCCUUUUCAAAUUUGCUUCGAAUUGGCUGAUCCGGGCCUAAUGGUUCCUUUUUAGAUCUCCCUGUAUAUAAUUUUUCGCCUUUAUUUAAAGAUCCUGAAUGUUUGAAGAAAUUAAAAUUAUGUGCUUUCAGUUGCAUAAUGUUUACCGUAGCUCAAUCGUGGCGUGUUUUACGGAGUUGUGUUAGCGAACGUUCGAUUCAGGACAAAAUUAAGAGGUGGACUAGAUCAAGGGUGCUACUGCCCAGUAUAACAAGUAACUUUUUCAAUUUAUCAACUAGCAUAGGUAAAAAAUAUUUUUACUUAAUUUUUGUUUCAAAUCUUAGCAUUUUCUCUUACUGUAGAAGCCGGCCGAAAUCUUGGGCUUGGCCUGGCUCUUUUACACUUCUACCUUGUAAACGUAUUUAUAAAGAAAACAUCAUUUUCAGUUUUGGGUACGCUUGUUACUCUUUUUGUUGCAUUAUUCACUCCGCAGUUUUUACAGCGCAAAGAUGAUUAGUAAGUUUUAACUAAAACAAGGUAUUUUAUAACGAAUUUUAAAAUUAUUUUUUCGCGAUAUUCUAUUUUGAAUUUUGCUUUGUUUUAUUGAUAACAAGCUGAGAUAUUGAUAAUUUUAGCUGCUGGGUCAACCCAACCUUCGUAUUUAUGGCCGUGGUGUUACCCUUAACAUUGUUGAUUUUAAAUGCGCUGUUUUGUUUGUUUAUUGUGUUUAUCACCUUAUUGGGAAACUACAAAUUCGUGGAGAAUAUUCAAAGAAGGAUACGAUUCAAACAAAGUUUUGAUAGAAUUGAUCGACGAAACAUAACUGCAAAACGUGAUGUACAAAAGAAGUUGGGGGUUCUAUUUGCUCUACAGUUCAUGAUUGGAUUGCCUUGGGUAAGGUUUUUAACUUUUUACGGUUUUGAAAAUUUAUAUGGUUUAUGCAAUGUCAUUUUAAAAACAUAUUAUUAUUUUGUAUAAAAAGUAAUGAGCUAUUAAAUUCCAUAUGAGUUAUGAGAAUUACAAUUGUUAGCUCAUUAGUUUUUAUACAACCUUAUAUGUAAUAUGUCCUCAAAACGACAUUCCAUAAGAUAUUGCCCGUGAAAUACGUUUCAACCUUUAGAUCUUCCAAUACCUAUCGCUAUUCACGCCAAAAUCAACAAUAUCUCAUUACAUGUUCAACCUCUCCAGUGGCUGCCAUGGCAUUUAUCUUAUGUUUGAGUUUUUGAUAAGAUACUAUGGAGCAAGAAGUAGACAUCACAAAGAACUAACUUCUUUGGAUGCAACAAAUACUCAAAGUACAACAAUUAAAGGGAGUGGCACAGAUGGAUAUCAUCCUUAUGCUGUCAAUCCUAGUAAAGAUGCUUUUAAAUCAUGGCUCAAGUUUACUCCGCCAAUACCGGAGAAGAAACCGAGGGUUUGGCCGUUAAAGUUUCCUACAUUUGCUAGAUGGGCUGUGUUUCCUUUUCGAUUGUUUCAAAAUGAAAUUUCAGCUGGAGAUGAUCAUGAGUGA